GCGACGCUCUAGGGUUUUUCUUUGGCGUGAGCGUUGGCGGGCUUUCGGCCAUGGCCACGCCGGGUUGUUUGCUUCUUUGUUUUUGGUAAUGUGAAACGUGACUAGACUUCAACGUCAACACUUCCUUAGGGAAGUGAAAGAGAAGUUUCUAAAAUUAUAAGAUCUGGUAGACAUUUUUCAAGAUGUCGUACAUGCUUCCACAUUUACACAAUGGCUGGCAAGUAGACCAGGCCAUUCUUUCAGAAGAGGAUCGUGUGGUAGUUAAUCGGUUUGGACACGAUUGGGAUCCAACAUGUAUGAAAAUGGAUGAAGUUUUAUAUAGUAUUGCUGAAAAGGUGAAAAAUUUUGCUGUAAUUUAUCUAGUAGAUAUCACAGAAGUACCAGACUUUAAUAAAAUGUACGAACUGUAUGAUCCCUGUACAGUUAUGUUCUUCUUCAGAAACAAGCACAUAAUGAUCGAUUUAGGCACAGGUAACAACAACAAAAUUAACUGGGCAAUGGAAGACAAACAAGAGAUGAUUGACAUCAUAGAAACAGUUUAUCGAGGAGCUCGAAAAGGAAGAGGUCUCGUUGUGUCGCCCAAAGACUACUCAACCAAAUACAGAUAUUGACCUUUUGGCUAUUUAUUUCAAGUCGUGUUUCUUGGAAACUUCCUAAAACCAGACUUAAUAUAGGAGAAUUCUUCCAUGGCUACAUCUCAUUGCGAAUAUAAUGAACUGAGUAAAUAACGUUUCCUGAUUUUCAUGGGAAAAUGUCAUUGAUUUUGGAAAUAAAAGUUAAAUUUACUUUUGAAUAUAAAGAAUUUU